CGCUUGCAUCUCGCAUCACUCGCACGUCGCACCGGCCGCACACUCGCUCUCCGUCUCUCUCGCGCUCCAUAAGCUAAACAAAUAAAUCUUUUAUAAACGCUUCAAGAUGGGCAAUCCAGUGUGGUUUGUUUUCUGGCUUUUGGUCUUCUGGAUCAUUGCCUUGGCUUUGGCCUGCAUCUGUUCCUGCUGCUACAUCGUCGUCUAUACACUUGUUGUGUGCAUUCCGGGCUUGUCGGGUGUAGCCGAGGUACUGCUGCAAGGCCUACAAUUCCCGCAUUAUUGUGCAAAGGCCAUGAUGGAGUGCAAGCCCCCAUUCUAAGCAACUUCCCCAUUUGUUAUUAUUACUGCUGUAAUCUAAGUAUAAAUU